AUGGUAGAGAUCACAGACCUAAGAGAUGCAACAGUUCACCGACGUCAGAUCGAUCAAAUCCACUUCAACGAGAAUCCCACUCCGAUUGAGGAUCCGGCCGACGAAGCCCAAGAAAACCCAUCCCGUAAUACACCGUCAACAACCACAGAAGACCAUACACAGCAACUCUCUACUCCGGGAAUGUCUACCGACGAAUGUACCUUCUCGCGUAGCCUUUAUGUUUCGAAGAAAUUGAUCUCGUUUAUUAUGCCCUCAGCAUAA